AUGCAUGCCACAUGUAACCGUGGUGCAUCGUGUGCCGGUCGGCUCAAGAGGCCCGCCUCAGCGUCUGCUCCGCCCAGACGCCUGGGCGACAUGUCGUCCACCCGGUCUCGACGCCAGAACGGCUUGGUGAUAGAGUUGCCGGGUCCUUGUGUGGCCACAUGUGAAGGGGUCAUUUAUCUUUCCGGUUCCGCCUCCGCCCACCCGUCACCUUCUUAUCCGCCGCCCAGUCUCCCCCCAUCACAAGACUGCCCUGGCUACCAGAGACACCGGUCUUCAGUCGCGCGAGACACACGAACGAAGUGGUGCUUUUUUUCCUACCGGCAACCCGUUGACCUAACCACAUGUCUCUACAUGCAGCUCCGUUUCCCCCCAUUUACAUGCUCGGCCAGACAGGCCUCUGUUGCAGAACUUGUCGGCCCGGCGUGCCUGCCCACUCGUCUACCUCAUGCUAGAGCCGACAGCCCUACAACUCUGGUCGGCAUAGCAACACAUCUGGCCGAUACACUUCUCGCAGACUUUCUCCACUUGUACUUUUUGCUCUUCAGUCGAUCUCCCUCCUCCUUUUCCUCAUCGUCGUCAUUAUCAUCGUCGUCGUCUUCGUUGUGA